UCUGACCCUCCGCACUCCAGUUCCAGAUAAGCGAAUACUCACCACCGAACAUGGUAGGAGCGGAGCAGCCCCCAAGCCCCGAGCUGCGGCGGGAAGGCGUGGCCGAGUACGAAGAUGGCGAGGCCCUGGCGGGAGGUGGCGAUGCGGGCCCCCAACAGCCGGAAGACCUCCCCCAGGACCCUCCAGAAGAUAACCCUCAGGACCCGCCAGAGGAUGAUGGCACCUGCCAAUGCCAGGCGUGUGGGCCUCAGCAAGUCGCUGGUCCAGAUCCUGGUGCCUCCAACGAUGGCUGCCCCCAGCUGUUCCAGGAGCGGUCAGUCAUAGUGGAGAACUCUUCAGGCCAGAACAACUCCUGCACCAGCGCUUCUGAGCUCCUCAAACCCAUGAAGAAAAGGAAGCACAGGGAAUAUCAGAGCCUAUCUGAGGAGGAGUCGGAGCCGGAGGCCAUGGAGAAGCAAGAAGAAGGAAAGGAUCCAGAGGGACAACCCACCACUAGCACCCCAGAAAGUGAAGAGUGGAACAGCAGCCAGCCUGCCUCAGGGGAGAAGAAGGAAGGCUGGUCUUGGGAAUCCUACCUUGAGGAACAGAAGGCCAUCACUGCCCCCAUCAGCCUCUUCCAGGACUACCAGGCGGUCGCUCAUAACAAGAAUGGCUUCAAACCAGGCAUGAAGUUGGAAGGCAUUGACCCUCAGCACCCAAGCAUGUACUUCAUCCUCACCGUGGCUGAGGUAUGUGGCUAUCGCCUACGUCUGCACUUCGAUGGGUAUUCCGAGUGCCACGACUUCUGGAUCAAUGCCAGUUCCCCUGACAUUCAUCCCGCUGGCUGGUUCGAGAAGACGGGGCACAAGCUGCAGCCCCCCAAAGGUUACAAGGAGGAGGAGUUCAGCUGGAGCCAUUACCUGCGCAGCACAAGAACCCAGGCUGCCCCCAAGCACCUGUUUGUGAGCCAGAGCCACAGUCCCCCACCCCUGGGCUUCCAGGUGGGCAUGAAGCUGGAGGCCGUGGACCGCAUGAACCCAUCCCUCAUCUGUGUGGCCAGUGUGACCGACGUGGUGGACAGCCGCUUCCUGGUGCACUUUGACAACUGGGAUGACACUUAUGACUACUGGUGUGAUCCCAGCAGCCCCUACAUCCAUCCAGUGGGCUGGUGCCAGAAGCAAGGAAAGCCCCUCACCCCUCCACAAGACUACCCAGACCCUGACAGCUUCUGUUGGGAGAAAUAUCUGGAAGAAACUGGGGCCUCUGCUGUGCCCGCCUGGGCCUUCAAGGUGCGUCCCCCGCACAGCUUCCUGGUCAACAUGAAACUGGAGGCCGUGGACCGCAGGAACCCAGCCCUAAUUCGUGUGGCCAGCGUGGAGGAUGUGGAGGACCAUCGGAUAAAGCUCCACUUUGAUGGCUGGAGUCACGCCUAUGACUUCUGGAUCGAUGCCGAUCACCCUGACGUCCACCCAGCGGGCUGGUGCUCCAAGACAGGGCAUCCCCUGCAGCCUCCUCUCCGACCCAGAGAGCCCAGCUCUGCCUCCCCUGGGGGCUGUCCCCCUCUCAGCUGUCGAAGCCUGCCACAGACCAGGACCUCCAAGUACAGCUUUCACCACCGAAAGUGCCCCACUCCUGGUUGUGAUGGCUCUGGCCACGUCACAGGCAAGUUCACAGCCCACCACUGCCUCUCGGGCUGCCCACUGGCCGAGAGGAACCAGAGCCGGCUGAAGGCAGAGCUGUCCGACACGGAGGCCUUGGCCCGUAAGAGGAACCUCUCGGGCUUCUCCCUAAGGAAGAAGCCUCGCCAUCACAGCCGGAUCGGACGCCCUCCAAAGUAUCAGAAGAUACCACAGGAAGAUUUCCCGACACUGACCACUGACGUCAUGCACCAGUCCCUGUUCAUGUCGGCCCUGUCGGCCCACCCCGACCGGUCUCUGUCAGCGUGCUGGGAGCAACACUGCAAGCUCCUGCCAGGUGUGGCGGGCAUCUCAGCCUCGACAGUCGCCAAGUGGACCAUCAAUGAGGUCUUCGGCUUUGUUCAGACCCUGACAGGUUGUGAGGACCAAGCACGGCUCUUCAAAGAUGAGAUGAUUGACGGCGAGGCCUUCCUUUUGCUGACACAGGCGGACAUUGUGAAGAUCAUGAGUGUCAAGCUGGGCCCAGCCUUGAAGAUCUAUAACGCCAUUCUCAUGUUCAAAAACGCCGACGACACCUUAAAGUGACUGGCUUAGGGCUGGUCUCUUAAAUAUCUCCCUCUGCAGCUGCUGCUUCCUUCCCGGCUUGAGUUCCUCACAUCCCAUCCGUGCCCCUGCCACCCUCUGUCCCUUAUCAGGGGUGGUCCUUCUCGCUGGGGCUGCAUUGUACAAGGUCCAGGGAAGCAGAGGAGCCCUGGGGAGGAUGGAGUCCUAGCCCCCGAGUCCUAGAGCUCAUCUGCCACCGGGCACACCGGUGAGGGUGAGACUGGGCGGGGCGAGCGCCACUGAUGGAGAAGUUUGAAGGUGCCCCACCCAUGGCGGCCCCACAUCUCCAGCGACUUGUUUCAUCACCAAAGGGUCUUUCUCUCAGCCGUUAAGAACAGUCUGGUAGAACAGGAGUCCUCCAAUCUGAGGCCCUUUUCUCUUUGGCAUCUCUCUGUGCUGUUGCUUCCUUGUUUCCUUUCCUCCUAUCAGGAAGCGACCCUGCCGAAAAUGUAUUUAUUCAAAAAGACACCUCCCCUCUUUCUGUCUGCUGGUUUUGCUGCCCACAUUCUGCUGCCUGGUUUCCUGGGCACGGCCCAGCCAGACCCCGCCGGCUCUUCCCUCUUAGAUGGGUGAGCCCCAGAGAUAUGUCUUCAUAGGAUCCAUUGGGAGGCUUUGGCUGCCUUUCCGUUUUUUGCCUGGAAGUGAGGGAUACUGAGCCAGGAUGCCUUCUUCAACACGCCCAGUUCUGGACCACAUGGUAUUUUAGUGUCCCAUGCCCCAUCCUGUUUCCAGUAGAGUGGGUGGUUAGAAACUGUUUAACUUCUGUAGCAGAGGUUAAGGUUCCACGAUGUCCCCCCUACACCCCUUCUGUGUCAAGUGUGGAGAGGAGGCACCCUGGCUGACUAG